UCGUUGCCUAGCAACGAUAAGUCAUGCUGUACAAAAUGAAAACAAAACGCGUUAUAUUUGUGUCUUAUGAUAAAAUAAAAGCUGUCAAAAUAUAUUGUUUUACAUUAUAAAAAUAUAAUUUAUAAUUAAUUAAAUUUAUCAAACUUUCUGUCCCUUUUUUGCUAUCUUAUUUUAUUUCCAGAUAUUUUUAAAAAAAAUGGAUCCACUUUUUCAAGCUAUAUCAUAUUAUAGAAGGCAUCAUUUUGAGAAAUGUGUUGAUAUCUGUACAAAAGUAUUAGAAGAAAAACCUUAUGAUGAAGCUGCUUGGACUUUAAAAAUGAAAGCCCUCACCCAAGAGGUGUAUGUUGAUGAUUUAGAGACAGAUGAAGAAGGGAUAGCUGAUAUCAUUAUGGAUGAAAAUUCCAUUGCACAGAUGGCACGUCCAGGCACUUCUUUAAAGAACCCCAAUUCUGCGAAAGGAACUAGUCAAGCUUAUAGACCAGUUACACAAUCAGGCCGCCCUCUGUCUGGAGUUGUGCGACCUGGCACACAAUCUGGUAGACCUGGUACGAUGGAACAAGCUAUACGAACACGUACUGCAUUCACUGCUAGGCCUAUAACAAGUUCUUCUGGAAGAUUUGUACGCCUGGGUACAGCAUCUAUGUUAUCUCAACCUGAUGGACCUUUCAUUAACUUUGCCAGGCUAAACAUUUCAAAAUAUGCUGCUUUACCUCAUAUUGCAAAGCAUCUGUUUGAAUAUGCUUAUUAUCAUGAUAAUGAUAUAAGACAGGCCUUAGAUAUAGCUGCCCAAGCAACACAAGCUUGCCGCUUUGAAGAUUGGUGGUGGAAAUUCCAGUUAGGAAAAUGUUAUUACAGAUUUGGAAUGUUUCGUGAUGCAGAGAAGCAGUUUAAGUCUGCAAUCAAACAGCAGGAUAUGAUUGACACAUAUUUGUGGUUGGGAAAGGUAUACAUAGGAUUAGAUCAGCCUUUAGCGGCUUUGGAUGUUUAUAAACAAGGUUUAGAAAAGUUUCCUCAAGAAGUGUUUCUUAUGGUUCAUACUGCACGUAUUUAUGAGGAACUUAAUGAUUUAGACCUUGCUGUAAAAUAUUACAAGGAUGUUUUGAAUUAUGAGGCUAUUGAUGUGGAAGCCAUUGCAUGUAUAGCAGCUCACCAUUUUUACAAUGACCAACCUGAAGUUGCAUUAAGAUAUUACAGGAGGUUGUUGCAGAUGGGGGUUUGCAAUAGUGAACUAUAUAACAAUUUGGCUUUAUGUUGCUUUUAUUCUCAGCAAAAUGACAUGGCCAUUAUGUGUUUUGAAAGAGCCUUAUCCUUAGCUACCGACGAAACCUUACCUGAUGUAUGGUACAAUAUUGCUCAUUUAGCAUUGGGCAUUGGUGACAAAAGUCUUGCUACACAAUGCCUAAGGCUUGCUUUAGUUGCUAAUAAUGAUCAUGCGGAAUCAUAUAAUAACCUAGGUGUUAUUGAAGGUACAAAAGGAAACUUAGAUCAAGCAAAAGCUUUCUUUGUUGCUGCUUCAAAUCUAGCGCAACAUUUAUUUGAACCUCAUUUCAAUCAAGCACUUCUUGCUGAAAAAAUGGGUGACCUUCAAAAUGCAUAUUUUAUGGUGCAGAAGUCAUUGGAAGCAUACCCUGAGCACACAGAUUCCAAAGAUUUGUUUCAAAGAAUAAAAAAUUUAUUUACCACAUUAUAAAAAAAAUUACUAAGCACAUUGAUAAACAAAUGUUUAAAGUUUUUUUUUUUU